GUAUCUGGUGGUCACGGCUGUGCAACAAGCAGUACCUGAAAGUUAGCGGAGAUGGUGUGUAUCGUGUUGUCUUCGAAGGGCAUAUUUUGAUAUGCAUUGGCUUGCUUGCCAAGACUUGGUCGGACGAUAUGAAGGAUCGAGGUCAAGAUGGCUGGACGACAUCCUUCUUUGAGUGCGCAUAUGCAAUUUCUGUUGGAGAAUCCGAGACAGCUUACUGUCGUAUCAUGACAGCUCUGGCGCAGGCAUUCGAGAUAUGUUUGGAGGUGCCUGAUUUUUUGGAUCGUGUUGGCCAAUGGCACAGCGAUCGGAAUCUUGGGGCUGAGGCUAUGCGUCGACAGCUACUUGCACACGCUGUUCGUGCGAUGGACUGGGCCCAUUUCGUGGGCUGUGUGCGACCGAAAGUGCACUAUGCCCAGGGCCAUGACGAGCGCAGUGUCGCAUGGCGAACAGGCUGCUGGAAGACCGCCGAGAAGCAUCUGCGGGAUAAGGCCUGGUUCCCUCUCCUGCAGCGCGCAGUGUUUGCAUCUCGGCAUUUGCCAAUCGCUGCCUUCUCAGCUCUGUGGGAGGAGAUUUUCUUAUUUUUUUUAACCCAUGGCGAAGCAGAAGUGGUCGCAGCCAUUCAGCGACACUACAUGUCGCGCACUGACGGCAUUUGGGAUGCCGGGUGGAGGGGCUCCUUGGUCCAGCCAGGGAGUUACAGUGGCACGCAAGCGCAGGAGCGCUGGCACGGAUCGCGCUUGAGGGCUACGUUUGAACAGACCAGACUGCCUGUCGAUAGCGUUGUGGCUUCGCUCGAAGAGCUUGCAACUAGCCGAUGCGAGCAAGCAGUGCUGAAGGUGGACGAGCCUCUCUACGACAUUCCUGCAGGGCAUUACUCCAAGCACUUGGAAGUGUUGGCCAAGCAGGCGCUCCAGCUGACAGAUUUCUUGCAUGAGGAAGAUGGUGCUGAUGGGACAAAGCUUAUCAUGAUGAGACAAGAUUACUCUAGCGAAGCCAUCAGCCAGUACAAGACCAAGGCAUCGAAGCAGAUUUUUCGCUCGGUUCGAGCAUUGUACUUGGACGGGGAGCUCCUGAAGUGCGACGAUCUGGAGUCACUAUGUCAGGAGGUUACCCGUUGGGUAUUGGUGCUGAUCGGCCCGAGAGCUAUGCAGGAAUGGAAGUGUUCCCCUGAGGCGGCUGAAGCCGCAGGAGAGUUGCCAGCAAGCCAUGCUCAUUGCGUAUGUCUAGGAUGCCAUGCAUUCGCAGUUGGUGGGUGCUGUCUUCAUUCGUAUGCUGGAAUGGCCAAAGUGCAGUUGGUUGGACGCCCUGUGGCAUGGCCGGAGCCGCACAAAAAAGGACAGGCUCGCAAGAUGCGCAAGAGUCUCCUACCUGGCGCAAAACAUGUUCGCCCAAAGGUUUCUAGCAAGCCUGUGCAGAAGGGGCAUGCAGGGCAUGAGGUUGACAAGGAGCACGCUGCUCUACGUCGUUGCUUGGAGAGGCACGGCUUGAUCGCCCAUUUGGGCGCCUUUGUGGAGAAUGAGCUGUGGCUGACCGAGCUGCGGGAAUGGAGUGUGGUUGACCUACACAAGCUGCUAGGCUUGCCAGCAGCUAAAUUACGGCGGCUGCUGCACGACGUGCAGACUGACGGAUCAGCAGAGGCAGGGGUGUUUGUCUGGAUUUGUUCAAUUUGA